GUUAGCUUCGUGACGAAUUCCACUAGACUUUAAUUCCAUUAACCUUGAUGAUUUCCAAGGGGAACCGCGUGGGGGUCGACCUGAUAGGGUGUACUAACAAUCCCUUUUCCCCUAGUAUGACGUUUUAUUUUGAUCUGGUUGAUUUUUAUAUUUAAACCGUAUCAUCAUCACCUAUAUAAAAAAAAAUGCCAAUUUUGCAAUUAUGCUAAACCACUGAGGUGGCAAUCAAGCAUACGGCUUACCUGAUGGUAAGUGGUUACCGUAGCCUAUGAACGCCUGCAAUACUAAGGGUAUCACGCGCGCGUUGCCGACCCUGAAGAAACCUCUUUACCCCCUUUUUGAAUAACCCCAUGCUGUAGUCUCUUGAAAAAACCUCAGCAGAAAAAACAUUCCAUAACCUGAGUGUUCGUGGGAGAAAGCAUCUCUAAAACCGCGUUGUACGCGACCAUUUAGACUGCAGGUUAUGAGGGUGAACUCCCUGUCGAUGAUGAGCCGUACGAUGGUAGAAAAUGGCCGUUGGCAUCAUAUUGAACAAUUCCUAUGAGCACAAUCCGUUGUGUGGAUUGUGCUCAGAGUUAACAAUAAAAAAGUUGAUUAGUUUAGGCGCCAAGAAGUAACAUACAAACUUACGUUCGCAUAUAUAGCAUUAUAGUAAGGAUUUUACUCAGCGGUAGAUUAUUAUGUACGUGUACAGAUGGGCAAAGCACCGGGUUUAAACCCGGUGCUUUGGUAAAAACCCAAUAAACACCCAUAAACUCCCAUAAUCACCCAAAAAAAUAGGUUUUUACGUAUUUUUUUGAAAAUAUGUAAGUAAUACCAAUAAAUUAUUUUUAUAAAUUGUAUUGAUCAAUUCUACAAUAUUAAAUAAAACGUUAACUAAUAAUAUUUCAGGAAAUUUUAAAAAUCUAUAUAUAAUAAAAUGAAAGUAAUUAAUUUUCAGUGUUUUCAUGUUGCAGUUGAUCAACAUGUUGGCCUUUUGCUUCCCGUAGAUACUUUAAAAUUUCUUCAUAACACCUCGUUCGCACACAUGGCCGUAUAUAUUUAAAUUCUUGAGCCACUAACAGUCCGAAAUACUCAUUUCUUUUAUCCUCUUCUCCAUAAAUUAAGCAUUUAGAACAGUUUGUUUCUUCUUUCAGUAAAUUUUCUUUUACUUUAUCCUCGUUUUUUUUCUUUGUUGCGACGACGCUGGGUAAAUCAUCUGGACACUGGGUCUCACUAUCGCCAAAUAUAUUUGGAGAUCGGCUUCGGCUACGGCUUGGCAGACAUUUUUUUCUUUCUACAAUUUUAAAUUAAAUUUAUUAGAAUAAAUGCUUCGAACACACGCGAUCUAAGUACCUUUUGUGUUUAUUAUACCUUACCUACCUAGGUAUAAAAAGAGUACUUACGUAGAUUUUCUUUUAUUAACUGUUUUAUACGAAGAUCUUGAUCUCUCAAAUUAGCAUCCAUUUUACUUCCAGUGAUUAUCAACUAAAUUAAUAAUCCACAAAGUAUUAAAUAACGUUUUUAUGAAAUAUUUAGCACAAAAACAAUACCCUUUAAAUAUCGAUCGUCAGUAACUGUGGCUGACUUACCUAUAUUCUAGCAAGCAGGACUGCCAGAUGUGAAGGGGAAAUCCCCAAUAAAUUGUUGCAUGUGACUGAUGAUGUGAGCAUGUUCGUUUCAUAAUAAAAAUGUUGCCAGGUAACCAAAAAGUCGUAUGUUUUUGUGCGAAUUACGAUCAUAAUCUUUACGAUCGUACAUUAAAAAAUAGACAAAUAAUAGUAUGAGUACGAUUUAAAUCGUAUAUCUGUCAACCCUGCUAGCAAGACAGCGACAAAAUCACGUUGCAUAACAAUGUAGCCCAAGCUUAUAUCUUAUGAAAUAUACGGAAGAGAUACGGACUUAGAAAAAACAGAAAUGUUGUUCUUUGUGGAAGUCAUUGAUGAAAUUCUAUGUAUUUUAGCCCGCAAACUUUCUUCAAACAAAAACAGCGCCAUCUAGUAUCGAGUUCUGUAAUUAUCUCUUUGUUUAUGGAUUUGAAGUAAGACCGCCACGCAUGCAAUACAUUAUGACUGGGGAUUCCCCUAUUCGUCGACGCUGAAUAUGAGGCGACGACAAUCACUGUCAAACGUGUUCACUAUUACUCUGACUCUGGUAACGUGACUUCCUGGUAACGUGUUAGGUAGGAAAAGCAGUAAAAAAGUGCAUAUUAAGGGAGCAGAUUUGAAAUAAUAUUUAUACUUAACAAGAAAUAAUUAAAGGUUCAAUGGGGAGACCUAAAGAUUUACGCAUAUGGGAGCACUACCGUACUUUACCAAACAAGUCUGUUUCUUGCAAGCUUUGUAAUAAGGUCUACAAAUUCAGUAAUGCUGCCAAAAUGCUUCAACAUCUUAUCACUUGUCCAAAAUCUCCAGAAACAUUAAAAGACUCUAUGAAACUUAUAAAAGAUAGCUCGUCCAAAACCAAAAUGUCUGGACUGUCAGAGAUAGAGACAAAUGAUUCUUUUAUAAGCCCCUCGUCGUCUGCUAACACUACAAUAAAUGCUGAGUUUCAAGACACCGAUGAUCAUAUAAAAACAGAAUUAGCGAGAGCUAUAUUUGUAACAGGGACGCCAUUAUCGAUGGUGCAACAUCCUUUAUGGAUACAAUUUUUCGAAAAAUUGCAACCAAAAUUUAAAAUACCUUCACGUAAAGCUUUAGCGACAAAAUACUUAGAUAAAAUAUAUAGAGAAAUGCGUUUUGAGUUAAAUGAGGAACUAAAUGCUUGUAGUUACUUACACCUUCAGUGCGAUGGCUGGUCUAAUUUAAGAAAUGAAGGAAUAAUAAACUUUCUUAUAUCAAAACCUCAACCUGCAUACGUUAAAAGUUUGAAUACAGAAAGUAAUCCUCACACUAGUGAAUACCUUAGCCAAGAAGUUGAAAAAGUAAUGAAAGUGUAUGGAGCAAAUAAGUUUCUUGUACUUAUUGGCGAUAACGCUAGAAAUAUACAAAAGGCAUUCGAAUUAACAAAACUCAAAUAUCCACAUGUUGUUCCUCUCGGUUGCUGUGCACAUAUCCUUAACUUGUUGUGCCAAGAUAUUGUAAAGAUACAAGAAGUAACUGUGUUUAUUAUGCAAGCCAUAAAUAUAAUAAAAACUGUUAAAAGGAGUCAACGAUUAAGUUCCUUGUUGAUAAAAUCAAGGCAGGGUGAAGAUUCUACACAAACACUAAAAUUGCCUUGUGCUACAAGAUGGGGAAGUCAUGUUACUUCGUUAAAAAGUUUGAAAGCAAAUAAGAUAGCUUUGCAAAUAUUAACAGUUAGAGAAGAUGUGGUAAUUUCAAGAGAUAUUAAAGAUUUAAUUCUAAGUGAUGAUUUCUGGACGAAGACAGGGGAAUGUAUAAGUAUUUUGGAACCAGUCACUGAAAGCAUAUUUUACUUAGAGAGCGACCAGAAUCGUUUGCAUCGCACAUACAUUACAUUUAGAGAUGUACAAGCUAAGAUACGUUUUGCAUUAAAUGAGAUUUCGACAUUGAGCGAAGAAAGCAAACAGCAGAUUCUAACAUCAGUAUCUUCAAGAUGCAAUAUGGCAAUGAGGCCAAUACAUUUUGCAGCAUAUAUUCUAGACCCCAGGACUCUAGGAGUCGAACUUACUCAAGAGGAAGAACUUAAGGGUAUGGAGUUUAUCUACAAUUUAAGCCAACACUUAAGUUUGUCAAAUGUAAUGGCAGAUUUGGCGUGUUAUAAAGCUAAAGAAAACUUUUGGGCCAGAGGAUUUGUAUGGAGCUCAUUAGAUAGCAUUGAGCCCCUAAUAUGGUGGAAAGGUAUUUGUGGUUCCACUGAGUUAAGCAAAGUAGCGAUUCGUAUUCUAUCAGCUCCCUGUACUUCGGCAGCCACUGAGCGUUCCUUUAGUAUCCAAGGCUACAUACAUAAUAACAAAAGAAAUCGACUUACAACUGAAAGAACUGAAAAAAUUUCAUUCAUUUGUUAUAACUGGAAUCUUAAACAUAAAGCUGAAUGCGAGGACAUUCAGUUUAAUGAAGAAAAUACCUUAGAAGCUUUCAUUGAGCAAGUAAAUGAACAUAACAGUUUAGACGAAAUAGAGCCUAUCGAACCUAUACAAUUCAUCGCUUGUAAUAACUCUGAAUCUGACAGUGAUUGACUGUAGUUUUACAUUUUACUUUCAUCUCUUUCUUAAUAAACUCAAAAUCAAAUUAAAAGUUUUUUAUUCUGUAGGCUGCAUAAUAAUAUUGUCUAUGUCCAGUAUAGUGGACGUCUUGCGGCUGAGAUGACGAUGAUGAAGUACAAAAUCAUAAACACCCAAAAAUUUGGGUGUUUAUGGGGUUUAAACCCAAUAAACCCAAAACACCCGGUUUUUACCCACCAGACUUUAAACCCACCCAGGUGGAUUGCCCAUCUCUAUGUACGUGCCCACCUUACCUAUUUUUUGUCGUGAAGCAUUAAUUAUUCCGUUACAAUCAAAAUGAGAUAUAUAAUAUAGAUGGAGCAUCGAGCAUCAUUCGUAAAGGCAAGCAUCAUUACGAAUCAUUUUUUAUUGUUUAUCUUGUUCUAUCAUAAAUAAGAUUUUUUUAAUUAUUAUCACUUUUCAAUUUAACCUCAAUUUUGCCCAUAUACAAAGUAAUAAAUGUACAUUAUGAUAACCCUAUUCAAGUAUUCACGUCAGGUUCUCGCGAAGCAUAUAAUUAGAGGUACUCUAUCUAUAUUCAUAUAAUCUAUGACACGAUAUGUUUCGUGUCUAAUCUAUAUAAAUCUAUAGGCGACCGUUAGCUUGUUUGCAUUCGUUGUAGUAAAAAAAAAUACGGAUUUACGGAUUUUAAGUCUCCGUACAUUUGAAGUCGGAUUGUUGGACGGAUUCCAUUAUAACGGAUGUAAUUCGAACAGAAAAUCGUUAAUUGGUGAAAUUUAAAAUUCAAAUCGAGCCGCGAUUCGGAAUAGGAUCCUUGUCCUACUCGGAUGACGUCAGUUAAUCGAUUUAUUGAUCAAAAUCAAUUUUUCGAUAACAAAGAUCUUGUUCUGUUUAAUAAAGGACUACAUAAAUACAGAUAUGUGCUUCAUCAUAAUUUUGAUCUAGCCUUUGACUGUUCACUGAUGAACAUAAGCCUCCUCCUAAGGGGGAGUUGUCAGUAGUUGCCUCGCUUGGCAGGUAGGUUGGCACCCGCAGUUUUUUAUUGAUGGGUGAAAAUGGAAUGGUAACCCCGCCUGCGCUAACGGGAUACGCUGGCGGGGCACCGGUGAAGGGUGAUCGAUGAGAAUGAAAACAGGCCAGUUAGCCCAUCAUGAUGAAUUCAUAAGGAAUUAACCAUGAUAGUUUCCAGGGGGAACCGC